GUGGAGUUGUUACGAGAGGUGACGAUAAGAUGGCGGCGGAGACAGUAGAGCUGCAUAAGUUGAAGCUUGCUGAGCUGAAGCAAGAAUGUUUAGCCCGAGGCCUGGAGGCCAAAGGAAACAAACAGGAUCUCAUCAACAGACUUCAGACCUAUCUUGAACAACAUGCUGAGGAGGAAGCAAAUGAAGAAGAUGUCUUGGGUGAAGAAACAGAGGAAGAAGAACAGAAGCCAGUAGACACUCCUAUCAAAGCAGAAGUACCUAUGGAGAAAUCAGCAGAAGUGGGUGCAGAAAAGAAAGUGGUGAAAAUUACUUCAGAAAUUCCACAGAUGGAGAAAAUGCAGAAACGGGCAGAGAGAUUCAAUGUUCCCGUGAGUUUGGAGAGUAAGAAGGCUGCAAGAGCAGCUCGGUUUGGUAUACCUACAGUUUCCGCUAAAGGUCUAGCUGCAGAAAGUAAGACUACAGUAAAUAUAGACAAAUUAAAGGAAAGGGCUCAGAGAUUUGGCUUGAAUGUCUCCACAAUCUCCAAAAAGACUGAAGAUGAUGAGAAGCUCAAAAAGAGAAAGGAGAGAUUUGGUAUUGUAACAAGCUCAGCCGGGGCAGGAACCACAGAGGACACAGAGGCAAAGAAAAGAAAAAGAGCAGAACGUUUUGGCCUCGUCUGAUCCUCGUCUUAGUGCUUACCUGUUUGGGGUGUGUCUUUUACGCAUUCUUGUUCUGCAUACCUAAUAAGAAAUACAGGUUUCUUCCUCACAGAGAUGUUGGCUUUGCAUUUUAAAAUUAGCAGUUCAAUUGUGCCCUUCCCCUUUGGACUUGUACAUGAAACAUGUUUUGGAGUAUAGAAUAAAGGUGUCCUUUUUGAGUAUGCAACAGUUUGAAUUCUCUGUCAUCUUCUCUGAUCAGCCACUUGUAUUCAGUGUAUGCCUGUGUAAAGAGGCGUGUAAAAAUCUCCAACUUAUUUCUCCUCUUUUGUACAGGUAGAAACUACUACAUAAAAUAAAAAAUAAUCACUGAGUAUGGAAGUAGAAUGAAUAUGAAGAUUUCUGAUGCAUCAUUAGCUCGAAUUGAAGUUAGCCAACAGUAUUUAAAUCAGGCACAGCCUGUACCCAUCCUUAUAAUUUUCCUUACACAUUCAUUUCUUAAUUCAUUUUUCCUAUUGCCUAUGGCUAAGUACUAGCCUUCUUCUUUCUCCCUUCCACCGUUUUUAUGUUCAAAACCAAAGGACUUCUUUUCUUGGGUUCUGCCACAAGUUCACUUACACUGGGUCUUAUGAAGUAGUAUCUCAGGUCUGUCAUAGGGUCUUGUAUAGUGACCAGAUAAACUAUAAGCCAUGCUUUUUGUACCUUAUGCAGCUGUCUGUAUACUAAAGGAUAUUUUUGGCCCACAGAAUGGGAUUAAUUUAAUGACUGUGCAUGGCUGUAGUUUAAAGCAGCCCAGGAUGAAGAAAGCUAAUGGAUUUAGUAACCAGUGAUAGCCAGACUGUCAGAGAUGCUUUGUGUGUAUGUAAAAUGCCAUCAAGUCAUAGCUGACUCAUGGUGGCCCCAUAGGAUUUUCAAGGCAAGAGACUAACAGAGGUGGUCUAGUGACCCUGGAAUUUCUUGGUAGUCUCCCAUCUAAAUACUAACCAGGGCUGACCAGAGGUGCUUUAUUGCUAUUGCUAAUGGUAUUUUAGAAGGCUUGAGGAAGUUUUUGUCUUUCAUUUUUACUUGCCAUAAAAUGAAAGAAUUUCCUUUUUCCGAAGAAGUAGUUUGAGAUCACUAUAAGAAUGAUAACCAUGGAAUAAAUUAUUGUAAUAUGAAAUGUUGUUCAGAGUUUCUUUUAAGCAUCUUAGCUUAAUUUUCAAAUUAUAUUUUUCUUAUUUCUUCCAUGAUUCUGGUGCCAUUUGGAAAAAGCUAAAGCUUACAUUUGCAUUAUUGUUGUUUAUAUUUAAUAUAGUGAGUUGGGGUAAGCAUCUCAUAUUGUUGCAUCUCAUUUACUACAAGGGACUUUAAGUUAUACAUAAUUCAACAAAAUAGACUUAAAUAGGGAAAUGUUAAGGAUUUAGAUGACGAUGGUGGCAGAAGAACAGAAAUCUAUUCUUUUUGAAUUACGUAUUAGGUACAUGUAACUUCAACCUGGUCAGUUUAUGUAGACCAACCACAUGCCGUGAACCUGGAUGGCUCAUACUAUCUGAACUUAUCAGGUCUUGAAAGCUAAGCAGGGUUGACCCUGGUUAGUAUUUGGAUGAGAGACCACCAAGGAGGUCCAUG